AUGCCGUCAGUUCUGAUUGUCGGUGCUGGUAACUUCGGCGCCGCAACGGCUUUGAGUCUGGCCAGAAGGGGAGGGUUCAAGGUCACCAUCAUUGACACGGCCCCCUUCCCCAACCCCAGGGCCGCCUCCCACGACAUCAACAAGAUCGUUCGAGACGACUACCCAGACAAGCUCUACAUGCGGAUGCUCAUCAAGGCCAUGCCCAUGUGGCGUGCCGACAAGCUGUACAGCCCCUGGUACCACGAAGUGGGCAUGCUCAGGGCCGACGCCUCGGACUUUGGCGAGAAGAGCAUCGCCUCGUACAGGGCCGUUGGUGUUGCCAACGAGACACAGUUCCUCCCCGUGGACGAGGUGCGGAAACGCUGGAACGGGGUCUAUGCCACGGCCAACUUUGGCAGCUUGGAGAAGAUCCUGUACAACCCCACUGUGGGGUAUGCAGAGGCAGACAAGGCGUUGCAGGCCGUCAUGCAAGCCGCCGUCGACCUGGGCGCUGAGUACGUGGUUGGCGAGGUCAAGUCGCUCGAUCUCGGCGCUGACGGCCGGUGCGUGGGCGUCAAGCUCACCAACGGCGAGACCCUGCGAGCCGACAAGAUCCUGCUCUGCACCGGCGCUAGGACUGCCUCUCUCCUGGCCCAGAGUGCCCCCCGGAACAAGGAGCUCCACAUCGGUGACCGUCUCGUGGCCACGGGCGCCAUUAGCUUCUACUCCAAGCUGCACGGCGAGCAGAAGGACAGGUUUGCCUGCAUUCCCGUGCUCAAGAAUUGCCUCCCCGAGGUCAAAGGCGAGGGCAUGUCGAUCCUCAAAGACGGGACCAUCAAGUUCAACUGCGACAUGUGCUUCACCAACUAUGUCGAUAAUCCCGUCACUGGUGAGAAGAUGUCCAUGACGCCCGAGGCCUCAGAUCACAACACCUGGACGGGCCCAGAAUUUGUUCCCUUCUUCAAGCAGUGUGCAAGGAAGACGCUCAAUGGCCUGCAUGGCAAGGAGGUUGAAAACAUCCCUAUUGAGUCAUAUCGAAUCUGCUGGGACGCCUCUACACCGACCCAUGACUUCCUCAUUACGCCGCAUCCUCGCUCUCAAGGUCUGUACGUGGCCACGGGUGGCUCGUUUCACGGCUGGAAGUUUCUGCCGGUGAUUGGCGACUACAUUGUUGACAUGCUCCACGGCCUGCUUGGUGCAGACUAUGCAGACCGAUGGGCGUGGGAUAAGAAUGGCGGUGAUGGCCACUCCGCCAACCCAACCUAUCAGAUUGUCGGGGAUUUACAGCAAUGGCUUUCAUAG